CCUGUUCACUGGCGGCCUCCACACAACUGCAGCCAUGGCCUUCAUGCCGUACGUAGAUCCCGAGCUGAAACACUACAUCAAAUCUCACUCAAUCCCACGGAUCUAUGAGGCAUUGCUUACAGGAUUAUUUAUUCAGUGUCCUCAUGAUCCGUUAAUAUUUUUGGAGGAGAAAAUUAAAGAACUACAAAACCAAAAAAGUCAAGCUUUGCUUUUGACAAAAAAAGGUCAUCUGGAUUUGAGCUGGGACAUGUUUAUCACUGCUGAAUUCAGACAAAGCAUGACAAAAAUGAUAGGCAGUUAUCUAAGCUAUCUCUUUGAUGUGGAAGCAGGUGAGGUGUGAAUGGAUGAAUUAUAUCAGAAACAAAAGAAGAGAGCAGAUUAAACUGUCACAAGAUAUGGUCAAGGCUGAAAAUCAAUAUAAAAGGAACAAAUUAGAAGUAGCAUUUAAUGCAUGGGUGAAGUGGAUCCAGCUCCGAAGGAAACAGCAAGCCUUGGCAAUGGACCACAUACGGCAUGUCAAUGAUCAACUUCUGGCCAAGCUCAUUAUAAGAGAGUGGAGCAUUGUGACAAAAGAGGCAAAGAGUACACGAGAG